UCCCUGUCUUAUCAACAAACACCUAUGUCCACCAGCUACCCUGGGUCCUUAGGAGGCUAAAAUGCUAAUAGAGCAAGUGCUUCCUGACUCCACGGGCAAGUUCUCACCAAGCGCCCUUUACCACCUACAGUUCCCCUCUUUAUGACCAAGCCUGUGUGAGCCUGUGGAAGGCUGGGCCUUGUCCGCACGUGUGGGACUGUGAGUGGGGAGAUUGACUCCCAGGUUCUCUAGGCUGGAAGGGGUGGUUGUGGACUCAUAGGGAAAGAUGACACAGCUAAGUGAGAGGCCUUUGCUAAGGUUGCCUGGCAAGGUUUCUUCACUGAGUGCCAGGCCCUCUGGGUGCUGGUAGGAGCAUCCUGCCCUCACGGUAGCUGUGCUCCACUGGGGCUUCAGAGCUAAUAAGGCACAUUUUCUAGAGAGGUUGACCUCCAGGCUGGACACCCUUGACCCCUGGUUGUAUGGUCCCCCUAAGACUUUGUCAUGAGAAUUUGUAUAUACGAUAGUAAACAAGCUAAAGGACUUGUCAGUAAACAUCCCUAUGUCCACCAGCCUUCAUAUUUUGUCAUACCUGAUCUUGUGUCUGUCCACUCCUUUAUUCAUCCAUUUCCUGUUUCACAUGUUAGACUGAGGUAUUCUUGAGCCUGUCAAAUUCUUUGAUAUUCUGGAAAAAUUCAAGCCAACUCACCUUGGCAACUCUGCAUACAGAAGCGCCUUUUCUCCAUCUGUUCAAGUUCAGCCCAGAGCUCAAUAAUAAAUGUGCUGUGCACAGAUCUCGCCUUGGGCAAUCUGAAGUCUAGAAAAGGACUUCUACAGCCAACUUCAACCCAGGGUCUCUCAGGCACUGAGAGCCCACACUUAGGUCUCAGAAUCAGAUGCAUGAGGUUUGCUUCGUGCUGGUAAGAGAAUCGGCCUCUCUGGACAAACCUCUGACUCCUGUUCCAUACUGAAGAGAAAUCCAAGAUGACGUCUGUUAGGAAUCACAACCUGCCAGAACCUUCAUCCCCGGCGUUCUGGCAGAGGUGGCCACAUCUGGCCAUUCCUUCCACCAGUCAUAACAUACCCAUGUUCUGAACAGACUCUCUGGGAGUUCAGUAUUCCUGAUAGAACUGGGAAAUUUCAUAGGUCCCAACCACCAGGUUGACACUUUAGACCUAUUUUGGCCAUAUCUCCUUGGUUCCCAGUGGUCAACACUUUGGGUAGAAGGUGAUUCUGAAAGUCAAUAGGAAGCCAAGGUUUGGGAAGGUGGAGGUGAGAACCUCACACCUGGGUACUUGAUAAUUCCAAGGACUUUGGCCUGAGAAGUCCUCUCCUAAAAGCAGGUGUGGGGCUAUGCCAAGACCACACAGCUGGCCUAGUCUCAGGCCCAAGACUUCUGCCCAAGGACAAAGAUACUCAUAAAUAAAGCCAGGCCAUCUCAACAUCGUUCUUAUUUUUCACAAUGCUACUGCUCAGCCUAACCCUUAGUCUGGUCCUUCUUGGCUCCUCCUGGGGCUGUGGUGUUCCCGCCAUCACACCUGCACUGAGCUACAACCAGAGGAUUGUCAACGGGGAGAAUGCAGUGCCAGGCUCCUGGCCCUGGCAAGUGUCUCUGCAGGAUAACACCGGCUUCCACUUCUGUGGUGGUUCUCUCAUUGCCCCGAACUGGGUGGUCACGGCUGCCCACUGCCAAGUCACGCCUGGACGCCACUUUGUCAUUUUAGGAGAAUAUGACCGAUCCUCCAAUGCUGAGCCUAUACAGGUGCUCUCCAUCUCGAAGGCGAUCACACACCCUAGCUGGAACCCCAACACCUUGAACAAUGACCUGACUCUCCUGAAGCUUGCCUCGCCAGCCCGGUACACAGCACAAGUCUCACCAGUCUGCCUGGCUUCCUCAAAUGAGGCACUUCCUGCGGGCCUCACAUGCGUCACCACUGGCUGGGGCCGCAUCAGUGGUGUGGGCAACGUGACACCAGCACGUCUGCAGCAAGUAGUUCUACCCCUGGUCACUGUGAAUCAGUGUCGGCAGUAUUGGGGUUCACGCAUUACUGACGCCAUGAUAUGUGCAGGUGGCGCAGGUGCCUCCUCAUGUCAGGGUGACUCAGGAGGCCCUCUUGUCUGCCAGAAGGGAAACACCUGGGUGCUCAUUGGUAUUGUCUCCUGGGGCACUGAGAACUGUAAUGUACAAGCACCGGCCAUGUACACUCGGGUCAGCAAGUUCAACACCUGGAUCAACCAAGUCAUGGCCUACAACUAAACUGUCCACAGAUCCUUUCCCCAUCUCAAUCCAAUAAAGACACCAGCCUCAGU